CAAUAACACGUCACGUGACAGCAUGAAGCUCUUAAAAGUGGCGGAUCGGCACAUUUGGACGGAAUCACCGAAGAGUUAAUCCAAGAUGUAUUUCGUCCUUCUUUUCGGGUUGCUGGGGUUGGCCUCAACUUCUCCUUGUGAUACAUCUGGAUCCAACCAGGAGCUGGUGCUUUCACUCAAUAAAGAUCUUCUGCGCUCUCUGGAGGAACCGGGAAGACUUCCUAAUCCCAGUGUCCACCUGGCGUUACGGCUGUCGAAAGUCCACAACCUUUUAAAAGAGGGGGAACACUUAAAUAGGCUGACAGUUCAUGUACACAAUAACAUUCAAAGCUCCCUGUCCGGCAACCAGCCUGUGACUGGCCUCUUGGCCUUAUACGCGCUGGCCUUGAAGUCUUCUUGCUAUGACCUCAACACGCUCACUUUCACGGUCGGUGACAAGAGCGAGACGCUGCUGAUGCACCUCAAGAAGCAAAUGGAGCAAGAGAAAGAAUACAUUACCUUCAAUCAACGCCCUUUGACCAACUAUUACCAGUACUCGCUGGGUGUGCUCGCGCUGUGCGUGAACGGCAUCAGGGUCAACAACCAUGUCGUCAACAAGCUCAUCAAGGCCGUCGAAAAUGAACACUUCAAGCAUGGGGACGUUGAGAGCAUUGAUACUUACGCCGUGGCCGCAAUGGCCCUCCAGUGUGUGAAGAAUGCCGGUUGCGGUGCGAAGAAAACCGCUUGCAAUAUUCACAACGGUGCCGAGCUUGAAACGGCCCUGAGCAAGAUCAAGCAGAAGUUCUUGGCGUCGCAACGGCCCGACGGACAUAUUGGCAACGAGUUCAGCACCGGCCUCGCCGUACAAGCUUUACUGGCAAUGGGCACCCCGGUGUGGGAGUGUGCCCCUUCAAUGGAGGCCAUGAGGAGGGAUGCCAGAGGCAACAGAUACCACAACCCCAUGGCCAUAUCCCAGGUCCUGCCGGCUCUGCAGCAGAAAUCCUACUUGGCAGUCCAAAGCAAGGAUUGCCACAAUGAAGAUGACACGCUGGUUCUCGAGCCCACUGACCCGGUGGCUGUUUUGCCCAGCAAGACCAAAGUGGCAGUGACUGUGGAGGUGGUGACAUCCGGUGGGACGGGCACCGUGUACUCGCUGGAUGUGCCCAAGGGAAGCUCUCUGCUGGAGGCACUCAACCUCCUCCAGGAAAAAAAUGUUGGCUUCACGUUUGAGAUGGAGUCGAGCCUGUGGGGGCCGUUCUUAAGUGCGGUGAAUGGAGAGCGGGCCAGACAAAGCGACCGCAGAUAUUGGCACCUUUCCUCUGAUGGCACUAGUCUCACUGAAGGUAUCAGUGAUUUCAAACUGAAAGUGGCUCAAAAGAUUACACUCAAAAACAUAAGCUACUAAUGGUGCCAGUGGUUUUCAACUGAUCAGUUUGGAACAAAACCCCCAGUUCAAUUAUGUAAAUUGUAUAGAUGAAUAAAUAUUUGAAUGGUUA